UGCGUUGCUAUUAUUUUAAGUCAACUCUUGUGUCUAUCAAUGUCACUCACAUCACAGCUUAUUACAAAUUUUAUGCUUUCCAUUCCCAUUUAUAAGCAACAAACUGUAAAAAAAAUAAACUCAAACUUAGCCCUUUUGUGUUUUCUCAAGCUCUCUUCUUCAUGCUGGCCGUUGAUCACCAGCCUUCCUCGUUGCCGUGGCAGCCCCGCCGCAGGCUCUCCCGGAUCCGCCGGCGGAAGCUGCAGACGGUGCGGCUGGGCGGUAAGAAGCCGCGCCGCCGAAUUUUGGGGCUACUUAAGAUGUUUCGAAAGAUACGUUUAAGGUGGUUCAAGUUACAAUAUGUUCGCAUGUUGAAGAGGUUGAAGGAACACUACCGAAACCUUGUUAAGGAUCUUGUCGAAGCUGGGUCCACCAUUGAAACCUUUCAGCAACGUCUUUUCAUCGAAAGCACUUUUGCGAUUCCCGUUGGGCUUAACUUGUCUACCUACCCUUCUCGUCUUGGAGAUCGCUCUCGAAUCAUCUUCAUGUAAAGUUUUUUUCUUUUUAUCUCUAAUUUCUUUUAUCAUAUUGGAAGAUUAACUAUAAGGAAACCCAAGUUCCUUGUAUUUGUAUCCUUCCAUUUGUAUUAUUCUUGGAAAAAAAAAUCUCGUUUCUUCUUCUUUCUUC